AUGGACAAGCUACACAGCGAAUAUGAGGCUUUGCAGCAGAAGCUGGCACGCUUGAAGCGCGAGCCGGCGCUUGGCAGCGGCGUGGUACCCGGGGCCGCACCAGCAGCGGCAGGUGGUGCCGCCACAGGCAGCAGCACGCUCCGCCCACUGCAGCAGUUGCAAGCAGGGCGGCAGGCGACGCCGCUGGGCGCGGCGCUGGCAGCCAAGGUCGCCGCCAAAGACGCCCCUGCUGCGUCGCUGCCGCCCCGCUCUACGGAGAACCGCCUGCCGCCCAGCAAGGGCGGGGCUUCCGGCGCAGCAGCUGCCGGCGGCAGUGAAUGCAGCAGCGGCGCGCAGAUCAGCUGCACGCAGUCCGACGCCGCGGCCGCGCUGCAGUACAUCCAGUUCAGCGGGCGGCAUGGCGGCAGCGCGCUCUGCGCCGCGGCGGCGUCUGCAUUCGAGGAUGCAGAAUUCGUGAAGCUCUGCGAGCAGUCGAUGGGCGGGCAGCUGCAGCGGACAAAGGAGGGGGCCACCACGCAGUCGCGGAUGCUGGAGCUAGCAGGCAUGGUAAAGCUGCUGCGCCGCUGCCUGCGGGAGGCGCUGGCAAAGACCUCUGCACUGGUGGACCAGGGGGCGCGGAUCGAGCGGGAUAUGCACACACAUUCCGACUCGGCGCAGUUGGACGUUGGCGCCAUCCAGCGGCGCCUGGAGGCGGACGCGGCGCUGGCGCGCAAGGAGGCGGCGCAGAUAGAGGCCACCUACAAGGCGGAGCGCGCGCAGUGGGUGGCCAAGGUGGACAUGCAGAAGGUCGAGGUGGCGCGGCUGAACCGCGAGCUGGAGGCGUUGGAGGAGCAGCGGGCGCGCUGCCGGGAGGAGGCGCAGCGGGAGGGCGAGGCGCGCAUCCAGCGCGAGGCCGAGGUCAAGGAGCUGCGGAAGGCUGCCGACCAGCGCGCGAGGGAGUCGCAGAUGACGCAGGGCGAGGCCGCGCGCAAGCUGCAGGACGCGCAGGCGGAGCUCGAAAUGAGGAAGGCUCAGUUCCAGGAUGAGGUGCGGGAGCUGACGCAGGGCAAGGAGGCCGCGGCGCAGCGGGCCGCGAGCCUGCAGCACCAGCUGGACAGGCUGCAGGCGGUGCAGCAGGGCCUGCAGGCCAGCCUCGCCGACAAGGAGGCGGCGCAGGAGGCGCUGACUGUGCAGCUCUCGCAGGCGCAGAGACAGCUUGAGGAGCUGCGCUUGCAGGUGACGGCGCUGGAGUCGGAUCGGUCUGGGCUGCAGUCGCAGCUGCGGUCGGCGCAGAACCAGGUGACGCUGCAGCUGAACGACAUCCAGAUGAAGGCGUCGCGCCUCAAAGCCGCGGAGGACCAGCUUCAAGCCAUGCAGGAGGCCCACGUUCAGGAGGCGCGCUGCCUGAACGAGCAGCUGCAGGAGGCGAAAGACCGCAGCACCCAGGCGCGGGCCAACGAGCUGGCGGCGCGCAGGGAGAUGGAGGAAGCGCAGCGGCAGGCGGAGGAGGGCAAGGCGGCGUGCGCGCGAGCGGAGGCGGCGCAGCAGCAGCUGAAGCAGCAACAUGAGGCGCUGCAGGCGGAGCACGCCGCGCUCAAGCAGCAGGCGGCGCGGCUGGAGGAGUCCGACGCGGCGGCCCGGGCGGACUCAUCGGCGCUCCAAACACGCGUCUCCGAGGCCGAGGAAGCGCUCGCGGCCGCCAAGGCGGACGCGAGCGUGACGGCCGCCCGGCUGGCUGAGCGGGACGCGCAGUUUUCUGAGUUGCAGGACGUGAUUGGCAAGGGGGAGCAGCGGGACGUCGUGUCGCGGCUGCUGGCGCGCAUCAGCGCGCUGCAGUGCGCCGCCGCGGCGGCGGAGGCGACGCGGCGCGAGCUGCACAACCAGAUGGUCGAGCUGCGCGGCAACAUCCGCGUGUUCUGCCGCGUGCGGCCGCACCCCCAGACGGCCGUGCGCUGCCUGCCGGGCGGCAGCUCCCUUGCGCUGUCGGUGGACGGGAGGGAGCACGCCUUUUCAUUCGACAAGGUCUUUGGCCCGCAGGCUGGCCAGGAGCAGAUCUUUGGCGAGGUGUCGGAGCUUGUGCAGAGCGCGCUGGACGGCUACCACGUCUGCCUCUUCAGCUACGGCCAGACGGGCGCCGGCAAGACGUACACCAUGCAGGCGCGCCGGGGGACCGGGGGCAGCCCAGACGCGGCGGGCGCGGGCAUCAUCCCGCGGGCGGUGGAGCUGAUCCUGGGGCGCGUGGAGGCGCUGGCGGCGCAGGAGUGGGAGUAUCGGCUGGAGGCGUCCUUCAUAGAGGUCUACAACAACACGCUGAGGGGCGCGGGGCGCGGCGCUGGGAGAGCGUGA